AUGGUGGAAGGACCAGGCUGUACUCUCAAUGGAGAGAAAAUUCGGGCGCGCGUGCGCCCGGGCCAGGCGGUGACGGCCGUGCGGGGGAGCGCUCUGCAGAGCCUGGGGGGCCCUGCCUGGGGGGCAGCUGCGGGAGCUGUGGUCCCUGCCCAGGCUGCUGCACUGAAUAAUAAGGAAGAUUCCAGCCAGAGUGUCUUGAGACUGUUUGAUGGAUAUGUUUACAGUGGCGUGGAAACUUUGGGGAAGGAGCUCUUUAUGUACUUUGGGCCAAAAGCUCUACGGAUUCAUUUUGGAAUGAAAGGCUCCAUCAUAAUUAAUCCACCUGAGGAUAAAAAGAAAGAUGGAGUUUCUCCUGUUUUUGAAGUGCAGCUCACCAAAGAUCUGAUUCGUUUCUUUGACUCAUCGGUGGAACUCAGAAACUCAACGGAAAGCCAACAGAGAAUAAGAAUCAUGGGAGAAUUAGAUAUAUGUUCACCUAAAUUUAGUUUCUCAAGAGCAGAAAGUGAAGUUAAAAAGCAGAAAGGACGGAUGCUCUGUGAUGUGUUAAUGGACCAGAAAGUGUUGCCGGGGGUAGGGAACAUCAUCAAAAAUGAAGCUCUCUUUGACAGUGGUCUCCACCCAGCUGUUAAAGUUUGCCAGUUAACAAAUGAACAGACCCAUCACCUUGUGAAAAUGAUACGUGAUUUCAGCAUUCUUUUUUACAAGUGCCGUAAAGCAGGAUGUGCCAUCUCUAGACACUAUAAGGUUUACAAGCGUCCUAAUUGUGGUCAGUGCUGCUGCAAAAUAACAGUGUGUCGCUUAGGGGAGAAUCACAGAAUGACAUAUUUCUGUCCUCACUGUCAAAAAGAAAAUCCUCAACAUGUUGACAUAUGCAAGCUGCCAACAAGAAACACUACAAUCUGCUGGACAUCUAGCAGAGACGAUCAUCUUAUGGACCACGUGGCUCGGAAAUCUGAAGAGCAGUGGACAUGUGUGGUCUGUACGCUAAUAAAUAAGCCUUCUUCUAAGGCCUGUGAUGCUUGCCUGACUUCAAGGCCUGUUGAUUCAAUACUCAAGAAUGAAGACAGUUCUAUUGCCUAUAGCCACUUAGUGAAGUACCCUUGCAAUAGCUUCGGAAAGCCAAAUACAGAAGUGAAGAUCAACAGGAAAACUGCCUUUGGAACUACAACCCUUGUCUUGACUGAUUUUAGCAAUAAAUCCAGCGCUUUGGAAAGGAAAACGAGCCAAAACCAGACGCUAGAUGGGGAGUUUCAAAACUCUUCUCCUACCAACGUCUGUCUUCGUGAUACACCACACCCCUCCAAGGAGAGAAAGAACUGUGUAACUCAGCUAUCUAAUGAAGUCAGCGUAACACCUGCAGUCUGCUCUCCAUCCGAAUUAUUUAGUCCAGCAUAUAAAAAACUGAAAAGAGCGCCCUCCUCAUCACCAGAUCUCAAAAGUCACAACCGUGGAUUUCCCAACAGGGAACUUCAAAUUAAGAUGACAGAUGGCCCCUGUGCAGGGAAUGCCAGCAGUCCACGCUGCAGUCAACACCACCGCCUCUGCGCGCUCCGAGUUGUGAGGAAGGAUGGCGAAAACAAAGGCAGGCAGUUCUAUGCUUGUCCGCUACCUAGAGAAGCACAAUGUGGAUUUUUCCAAUGGGCAGAUUUGUCCUUCCCAUCCUGCGACCACGGCAAACGCUCCAUCAUGAGAACAGUGCUGAAGAUCGGACCUAAUAAUGGAAGGAAUUUUUUUGUGUGUCCUCUCGGGAAGGAAAAACAGUGCAGUUUUUUCCAGUGGGCAGAAAAUGGGCCAGGAAUAAAAAUUCUCCCAGGAUGCUGAUAUUUUCUCCUUUUGUAGAAUAGCUGUAUUUAAUCUCCUCAGACUGUGGAUCAUGUUUUGUCCCCUUUUCUUCAAUAGAAAGGUUGUGGAACAUCUAUGGUACAUUGUAAAGUUAUUCCAAUAUUUGAGAACUUUUUAUUUGUGUCACCUUUCCAUUCUAUGGCUGUUUUUUUUUUUUCCCUUAAUGACUGCUGUAUGUGUUUCAUUGAAUGGACAGUAUA